UUCUUUUUUUAAAAAUUUCUUCAUACACAACUUUCAGGUUCCUUAGCCUCCAGCUCAGCUCCGUGAUCUAACCCAGUUCUUCUUGAACAAGCAGCCAUCGUGCCUUUCCUGCAUCGACACUGGAACAGCAUUUCACAUGGCAGCUUUUCAGACCACUCCAUGGAGGCUGAUUUCUGGGGUCUUAGGAGUAAUGUGCCUUUUGUUGGUGGCUGCUUUGGGAGUUUUGUUGAAAAAUUCAUUUACUAAACAAAGUGUUCAGCCAACCUUCUCUCCAGGACCCUCCACAGAUCUCCGGGAAGGAUCUGGCUGCUGUUCUUGCCAAGAAAAGUGGCUUGGCUACCAAUGCAACUGUUACUUCAUUUCUAAUGAAGUAAAAACAUGGAAAGACAGUAGAAAUUUUUGUGUUUCUCAUAAUUCCAGUCUACUUCAGAUACAAAAGAGAAAUGAACUACAGCAUUUUAUGAACUCCAGUUCCUAUUAUUACUGGAUUGGACUCUCUUACAGUGAAGAACAUCAUGCCUGGUUGUGGGAGGAUAAUUCUACUCUCUCCCAAGAUCUAUUUCUAUCCCUUCACCAUCUAAAUCUAAAGAACUGCAUAAUAUAUGGCCCAAGCGGAAGUGUUUUGGAUGUGGACUGUCGAAGUAAAUAUCGUUAUAUCUGUAAGCAACAGCUUAUUUAGAUGUUUCUUGGGGCAGAAGGGGUGUGCAAUGAAGAUUCAGUAUACUUAGAAUGGUAACAUAUAUUACUAACUACCUACUUCUGGGAUCUGUAAAAUGUUUCAAAUUGUGUCUUAUCAAUCAUAUAAUUUUCAUAUAU